CUCUCUUCUUCUUCUUCUUCAGAUUCCACAUCCUUUUCCAUCUUCCUCUUCCUUCCUUCUCUUCUUCGCAUUCUCCUCUCUCUCUCGCGAGCUGCUGGACCUGUCGAGUCACGGUCGCUCCGAUCGAUCGAUCCUUCCUUCCACCGUUCCACCGCCGCCAUGAAUCCUGAAUACGACUAUUUGUUCAAGCUGUUGCUCAUUGGCGAUUCCGGAGUUGGAAAGUCAUGCCUUCUUUUGAGAUUUGCUGAUGACUCAUACUUGGACAGUUACAUUAGCACAAUUGGAGUCGACUUUAAAAUACGCACAGUGGAGCAAGAUGGGAAAACCAUUAAACUUCAGAUUUGGGACACUGCAGGGCAAGAACGAUUCAGAACAAUUACAAGUAGCUACUAUCGUGGGGCUCAUGGCAUAAUUAUAGUUUAUGAUGUCACUGACCAAGAGAGCUUCACUAAUGUCAAGCAAUGGUUGAGUGAGAUCGACAGAUAUGCGAGUGAUAAUGUCAACAAGCUUCUUGUUGGAAACAAGUGUGACAUGACCGCGAAUAGAGCUGUUUCUUAUGAUGCGGGAAAGGAAUUUGCAGAUGAAAUGGGCAUCCCAUUCAUGGAGACAAGUGCUAAAGAUGCUACAAAUGUAGAGGCUGCUUUUAUGGCCAUGGUGGCUGACAUUAAGAGUAGAAUGGCGAGUCAACCAUCGAUGAACGGUGCAAAGCCUCCGACAGUGCGGCUGCAGGGGCAGCCUGUGAAUCAGAAGGGCGGAUGCUGCUCGUCCUGACUCUUCCCCUUGCCAAAUCAGUUUUUGAGAUCAUCACCCUUUACCACCUGUGAUCAGCUACUCGCCUUCUGUCCCUCUGUUACCAACUUUAGUUAAUGCUUUUCUGCUGACAGUUCGAGUCAGGUGGUGGCAUUGGUUCAUUUUUUGUUUGCCACUCUUAUUCUAUUCUCAGAUUAAUUUGAGCAAAUGUGCUCUCCAGUCCAUAUAUGGCUUGGAAAUUCAGUCUGAAAUUCUUUUAUUAUUGGCCUCGAAGCCUCCCAGUAUGCAAAUCAAACAAUACCAUUUUUAAGAAUUCCAAUCGAGAGCAAUGUGUACCAUUUGAGGCAGUC